CAUGCCGCGUUGUCGGAGGAAGCCGCCAAGGACUCGGUUAAUCCUUUUCCUCGCAUUGUCCAGUCCACGUCCUGUGGGUGUCGUCUGGUAACGCCAGUUCCAACGAGGCAAGAUAUCCGAAAACAUCACCACUGUGCCGGGUAGCAAGUGGAUGAUGUAGUCGAGAUCCGCAAUCAUCUUGAGGAGAAGCUGGCAGCAAUGUUGGCCGCCGUAGCCAAAACUAUUGCCACCAAGGUGUAUGAGCAGCAACUGUGGAGGUGUCGCUCCUGUUUGCAACUUCUGGCGUAUAAAAGGCACCAGAUGCUCCCACCUCCUGCCGCCUUGUCCAUGCCAGGUGACUUGGCAAGGGAGCCCGAAAUUGGGGUCCCGCCGAUAUCGCCUGACGUGUCUUUCCAGCCGGGUCACAAUGGAGCUGCCGAUGAGCCACAACGUUGUCCUCUGAGUCCCGUUCAUCGUUAUGGCGAUAGUCGCACUUCCGCUUAUUUAUACAGUGAGCACGCAAUGCCAUUGGCUAGUUUUCCCUCAGUUCGUCCACGUAAACAUUGUUUGGUUUAAUGCGCCCAAUUUCAAAUUACAUUCAUUCCGCCAAUAGCUGAUCGAUUGAUAGGUGAGUGAGGCACGAUUGGUCAAUUUAAAAAAUAUUGACCCGCCCAACUUUCACAUUACAUUCAAUCAGACGAUCGCUGAUAGGUUGUUUGUUUGGUGACUUACGAUUGGUCAUUUAUCCAAAGGCGGAGCCUGACAGAAAACUUUUCGAGAGAGAACGCUUUUUGCAUUGCCUAAAAAAGACAAAGGACCUACAUUCGCCGGAAACUGCAGUUUGCCAUUGUGUUGGACUUCAUCUGCUGACAUAGAGAUGCCACGAAAGAAGGGUUUCCGUAUGCGACGCACACCCAGGGCUGCCCAAGCUGUUGAUUGUGCAGUUGCAACAAAAGGUAGGGACGAAGUAUCUUCACUGUCACCAGUGGAGGUACCAACAGGUGGGUUACAAAAGGUGGUCAAAGGGUCAUUUCAUCAAGGCAAUACAAGGUUUAAGUAUGCAGGAACACAGUGUAUGGCGAUUGCCUUUUGUGCCACUGCUUUACACAGUAUUAAAAAUGUCUUGUUGUGGGAUACUGCUGAUCUUGACAUGGCUGUUGUUGAAGGCGAUCAGUUGUAUACCACUCUAAGGGAACGUCACGUAAUUUGUCACCAAUCCCACUUUUUGUGUGCCACAGAAUUGCCCAAACAGGAGGUGAUUGCUGGACACAAAUUUGAGUUUUGUGUGAAGGAUGAUUAUGCUUUAGGUGAUGUCAAUGUAGUUUCCAGCUAUUAUAUUGAAAACGGGAUUCAUGUCACUUUGCAUGAUGCUUUGCACACAAUGUUUGGCAAGUACAGCACAUGCAUUCUUACAGUUUGCCAAAGUAGUUGUGUCAUCAUUUGUGUUGCUGGUCAGUAUUGUCUGGUGGAUUCGCACUCGCGCAGCUGUAAUGGCAUGGUGUGCAGUGAUGGAACCAGUGUUGUUCUGUGUUUUGGUGGUCUUGAUGCCCUUGCUAAUCACAUUAGCAAUUUGGCUGCAGGGUUUGGAGGAGCAGAGAAACUUUUUGAAAUAGCUGGUGUUGUUGUGACUGUUGUGGCUGACAGGAAACGUCACUUGGAGAUGACGACUGGUGAUGAUGGCAAAAAGUUUAAAAUGGCUGACAUUUCUAGUACAUGUGCAUCUGAUGUUGAGGUCAUCAGUGUUGUUACCACACAGCAUGCCUUUUGUCCAAUGCUUCAAAAUGACUCCAAAGAUGUGUGCCAACUUUUGAAUAUAGAUUGUGAAGUCAAAACUGUGCCUGUCAAUUUGCGUGUUGGACCCUUGGGAGCUCCCUGUAAAAAGGAGAGCAUUGUUGCUGAUGGCAACUGUUUUUUCCGUGCCAUAUCACAAGCGGUGAGUGGCACACAGAAAAAUCACAGGAGAAUUAGACUCCAUGUGGUUAAACAUAUGGAAAAGCACUGUGAAGAUUAUGAGAAGCUUCUCAGGAGUGAGUACAGUUGUUUGACAGAGUAUAUUAGUGUUUCCAAAAUGAAAUAUGUCAAUAGCUGGGCAACUGAGGUGGAAAUUCAGGCUGCAGCGGAUAGUUUAGGAAUAAAUAUCUUUACUUUUUACGGUGGUCGUUGGACAACUCGAGUGGUAAUCACUACGAGUGUGUGACAUGUGUCAAUGAGGGUCAGUUAGGAAGUUGCUUUGGCAUUUGUCAGAAUGGUACAUCUCAGGUCAGUCAGUAUGGUACCAGGUCACAUCGGCAUCAAGUAAUUUGCGCUGAUAGUGAAGUAGCAGUUGGUUUGAAUGAUGUUGUUGAAACAGGCAAAGAAAAACAUCAGUCCAUGGUUCCACGUGUAAGCCCGUCCAAAUAUCUAAAAAGGAAAAGGGCCCUGGACAACAGAUGUAAAUAUGUCGCUGACAUGAGCAUAAGGGAGACAAAGAAGGUAAUGACUAUGAAGAAUUACAGAGAACAAGCAGUCUUUAGGCAGAGAAAGAAGACGAGGAGUGUUGAAAAGUAUAGAAAUGAUGUCAUUCAUAAAAAUAGAGUUAAAACAUCUAGCAUCUAUAAGUAUAGGAAUGACAGCUUGCAUCGGGACAGGGUCAAGAUGUGUAGUGUGAGUAAGUAUAGAAGUGACAGCUUGCAUCAGGACAGGGUCAAGAUGUGUAGUGCGAGUAAGUAUAGAAGUGACAGCUUGCAUCGGGCCAGGGUCAUUAUGCAGGGCGUCAAAAAAUAUAAAAUGGAUACAAGGCACCGGGCCAGUGUCAAACUAGCCAGUAUGAAGAAAUAUCACAGUAAUUUAGAACGCAAAAUGCGUGUCAUUGCAGAUGUGAAGGCACGAAGGCAUGCUGCAAAGUUGCGAGAGGAAGAAUUUGAUGUUGUUGUUGAGAAUUUUUUAGAGAAAGUGAAGAAUGGGCCCCAAUUUGUCUGCUGUGUGUGCCAUAGGUUGAUGUUUAAACAUCAGGUCCUGCAGUGUCACAGAGAGCAUUACAGCAAAAGUGCAAGUGCUUCUCUUGUGAACACGUGCAUUAAUGAGGAUUAUUUGCACAAAUGUAGUGCAGAGUGCACGGUGCCUUGUUUGUUGUUGGAGUCUGGUAGAGGGCAGCUGUGGGUUUGCUACACUUGCCAUUACAAGAUUAGCAAAGGGGAACUCCCACCAGAAUGUGUGGCAAAUAAUUUGGGGGUGGACCCGAUUCCUCCUGAGCUGGCUUGCUUAAACAGCUUAGAGCAACACUUAAUUGCACUAAAUAUCCCCUUCAUGAAAAUGCUAGCUUUGCCUAAAGGGGGGCAAAAUGGUGUCCAUGGGCCUGUGACUUGUGUUCCAGCCAAUGUAGUAGAAACGACAAAUUUGUUGCCACGGUCCAAUAUGGAAGGCUCUAUGCUCCGUGUCAAACUCAAAAGGAAGCUGACUUACAAAGGACACUACGAGUACCAUUUUGUUGACAGCAUGCACAUUCGUGAAGCCUUGAGGUAUCUGAAAGAGUCUAAUGUGCAUUAUGAAGAUAUAGAGUACAACGAGGAGUGGGUCAAUGACUUGUAGGGAACCU